AUGUUGAAGUGGGGUGUUGCUAGAAGAUGGAUUACCAGUACAGCAUGCCGAAGUAAUAUUUUGAGUGAAUUGAAACAAAGGGGAUUGGUUUCUCAGAUCUCACAGCCAGAAAGUUGGCUAUCAUCGAGGUUAAAAGAAGGAAAGAAGAUCAAGUUGUAUUGUGGUGUAGAUCCAACAGCCAAAUCUCUCCAUUUAGGUAACCUGGUUCCAUUGAUGGUAUUGCUAAACUUCUACGUUAGAGGGCACGAUAUUGUUACUUUAGUCGGAGGAGCAACGGGGAGAGUGGGUGAUCCUAGUGGUAGAAAGUCCGAGAGAUCUGCUAUGGAAGAUCUCGUCAGAGAAACGAAUGUAAACUCUAUUGGCAAGCAAUUACAACGGUUUUUCCUAAAAGGGAAAGAAUAUUAUGAAACUAAAAUAAGAGAGAACGAAUCGAGGCGUUUUGGUGAGCACAUUUUAGAAGAUAAUUAUCAUUGGUGGAAGGAUGUCAAGAUGCUAGAUUUUUUAGCACAGUAUGGUAGACAUAUUAAGAUUCAGUCAAUGCUUUCUAGAGACUCGGUGGCAGCAAGAUUGUCAAAUCAGAACAGCAUGGGAUUUAAUGAGUUUACUUACCAAAUUCUUCAAGCAUUCGAUUUUUACCACUUGUACAAAGAACACGGAGUUAUGGUACAGGUCGGUGGUAACGACCAAUGGGGGAAUAUCACUGCUGGGAUUGAUCUUAUUGGAAGAUUAGAGGAGAAAAUUAAGGAGAAACCUGCAUUUGGUAUAACUGUACCAUUAUUGACGACAUCAACAGGCGAAAAGUUUGGUAAAAGUGCCGGAAAUGCCGUAUUCAUUGAUCCAGAAGUGAAUACACCUUUUGAUAUCUACCAGUUUUUUUAUAACACCACAGAUGCUGAUGUUGAAAGGUUCUUGAACAUUUUUACAUUAUUAACAAGCUCUGAGAUUACCGAAAUUGUGAAGGAACAUGCAAAAAAUACUCAUUUACGUUCUGGACAAAAGAUUUUGGCAAGGGAAAUCACUGAAUUAUUGCAUGGCAAGGAUAGCAGCAAAGAAGCGGAACAAGUGUCAGAUAUUCUUUUUGCUUCUGUUAGGAGUGGGGAUUUAUCACUUUCAGGAGAAACGCUGGUAAACAUUUGUAGUAAGGCCAAUAUAUUACAGUAUGGUAGCAAAUCAGAAACACUAAUAGAACUAAUUGCAAGAUUAACCAACGGGUCCAAGUCAGAAGCUAAGAGAAAGAUUGCUCAAGGCAGUGUUUACCUACAUUCAGACAGAAUAAAGGCAAUAGACAAUGUUACAAAUUGGGAGCCCUAUUUAAUUGAUAAGACUGUCUUACUAAUGAAAUUGGGAAAACAAAACACAUUUGUCGUUAAGUUGCAGUAG